AUGGAAGACAGAGUUGCGCAGUUGGAGCACGAAUUUAUGUCUCAUUUAAACAUGUUCCAGUCCUCGUACGAUAAAAUAUUAGCCGAUCACUUCAAAAUUUUACUUUGCGAGAAUCACUGCAAAGAAUUGCACGAUGCCACUGAGGACUCAGCCGCUCUUAUUGCAAAUAUGCUUUCCAUUUUGCUUUCCUUAUUGACCAUUCCCGUUGCCAUAUACUGGGCAGGAGGAAGACGAGGCAAGCCUGCCGUUUUCGGCUCUCUCACUAUCGCCGCUGCCAUUUGCAGCACGAUAUUCCAGGUAGAGGAUGAGCUUAUCAGUAUGCGGACCUACAUUGUUAGCAGUACAUCAGAGGCGCUUUUACCAUUCUUCAUAGUGCUCUUUGCGACCACAUUCAAGAACCCGUGA